AUGGUUGAAACAGUUGUGACUCAUCUUGUUCAUAUUGGUAAUUAUGGUGACUUCAAUACCGCAGCAAAAUUUUCUUCAACAACAACAGCAAAAGAUAUUCAAUGUUAUGCCGAAAAAAUAUUUAUAAAUACAUUACGGAAUUCACCUAUCUUAUCAAUGUAUCAGUGUAGAAUUGAAAUUGAACACAAACCAGGUGUAUUUAUGCUAUUAGAGGAUCGUUACAUAAAAGAUUUUCAACCUUUUGGUGAAGAAGCUUAUCAGAAAGAUGUUAAUGAAUAUAAUAUUAAUCAACAACAAAAUAUUGAUGCUAAUCAAAGAGAAAGUUCAAUGGAUAGCUUUGAUUAUACAGUAUUCUCUGAUCUAUUUGGAAAAGAUUUAUCUGUUGAUGUCGGUCGUGCAGAUUUAAGUUGGGGUAUCGAUGAACCUAUUUGUAAUCAACGUAUUGCAACAUUUGAUGAUCAAUCCCAAUUAUCUACCAAACCAUCGUUUGUUCAAAAUUCAAAUAUGCAUUCAAACACUACUUUACAUCCUGUUUCUUUGAAUGAAACAAGAAAUGCGAGUAGAUUACCAUGUACAUUUAUCGAUGAGCCACAAUUGCCAUCAACAAUAGAAAAUUCAUUUAAUCCACCUGGUAUGUCAUUUUUAUUCUAA